AUGCCACCUGCAACGCCAUUCCUCAUACACGAUGACAGGUUCCGGGGGAUCCUCGGCGAAAGACCGACUCUAGAUCUUCUCGCCGAGAAUGAGGCGUACCCUUUUGCCCAUGAAGCGGGCGUGUUCAUUCCGUCGCGCGAUGAACUCUACAUCACGAGUAACAUCAUUAAAGAUCCAUCCGACAGCCGGCGAGUGCAAAUCACCAGAGUCGUCCUUGACAGGAACAAUCCCUCAGGACCAGUAACAUGUGACGAGCUCUCCUGUCCGAUUCCCAUGGCUAACGGAGGGGUCAAUUACAAGGAUGGCGUCCUCAUCUGUGCGCAGGGGUCGAUGUAUGCGCCCUCCGGGUUGUACCAUGUGCAGACAUCACCUCCAUACAAGUCAACCGUGAUAAAAUCCGACUUCCACGGCCGCCCUUUCAAUUCAGUCAACGAUGUUGUCGUCCACAGCGAUGGGACUAUCUGGUUCACCGACCCGACCUAUGGCUAUGAGCAGGGGUAUCGACCACCUCCACGCCUGCCGAGCCAGGUCUACCGGUAUAAUCCCGAUACUGGGAGUAUUCGCGCCAUGGCAGAUAGUUUCGGGAAACCAAACGGUAUUUGUUUCUCGCCGGACGAAAAGGUUGUCUAUGUGACCGAUACGGACUGGAUGUGUGGGGAUGGGACAACGGAUGACACGCGGGUGUCAUCAAUCUACGCAUUUGAUGUCAUCACACGCCACGACCAGCCCUUUUUAGCCAACCGGCGGCUAUUCGCAAUGGCGGAUAACGGAAUCCCAGACGGCAUCAAAUGUGACCUGGACGGAAACGUGUACAGCGGUUGUGGGGACGGAGUCAACGUCUGGUCUCCAGGAGGCGAACUUCUAGGACGGAUAUUGCUAGAAGGAGGCGUUGCCAACUUUUGUUUUGGCAGAGAUGGGGAGGUAUUCCUUUUGAAUGAGAAUCGGCUGUGGAGGGCGAAGCUGAACGGGGGUGUCAAAGGGGCACUUCUUGGUCUUUAG